UUCAUAUUAAAGUGUGCAUAGGAAUAAUGUUUUUGAAUAUUAAGAAUUCAGGAACAGCUAACACCUGAAUUCAAAAAAGAUGGCGUGAUUUUUUAAUCAAUAAAAUCCCUUUAAUAAAUCAUCAUCGUCACAAUAAUAUAUGGUACAAGACAGGGGAAAAAUAAAUAAAUAAAUAAAGAAGGGCGAUGGAAGAAAAAUUAAAGCAGAUAGAGGAGGAGAGAAGGCGAGCUACGGUGGGCAUGGCUGGGAGAUUUAAUUAAUUAAUCCAAUGGACGCUCACCGACGCGCAUUCCUUAUACUACUUCUUCACGCCCGUGGAGGCCGCCGCCUUGGUUUUCAUCAGCCCGUCCCCCACCUUCUUGGAGUACUUGGCGGUGGCGCUUCCGCCCCUCUUGCUUUCGCUGCCCCCCCGCCACCGACACCUGCGGCGGGUCGUGGUGGUCGUCAUCGUACUUCCACUGGUCCGCCCACGACGACGUCGUCCCAUGCCCUUCCGAUCCCUCUUUCGUCUCCAUUCUCUAAUUUCGCCGCUGCUUCAAUUCCGAACCCACAAAUAAAAAUAUAUGAAUUUGAUGGAGAAAUUUGAUGGAGAAGUGGCAUUGCAUUUAUGCCAAUCCUUUCUUUUUUAUUAAAUCAAUUUAUUAAAUUUGAAUAGUGCGAAAAAAGAAAAAAAAUAUUAAAAUAAUAUUUUUAAGCAUGAAAUAAAGCUCAUGUCGCUUGAUGUUCGUUUUGAAUAGAUAAAAAAUUCCUCCUUCAAAAUCGUCCCGUGUCACCAACACUUAAAUACCCUACACCUUUCUUCUUCUUCUUCUCGAAGCAAUCGAGUUCUGCAACCCUAAAUCACCAUGUCUCCCACCUCCAAUUCACCAUCCCUAUUUUCUCUUGCCCUCUUCCUCGUCUUCGGGGCCUGCCCAAUUCUCGCCGAAAAACCCCACAUCAUCAACUUCCGGUCGCCCAACCUCUACCCAGAAGGCAUAACCUGGGAUCCCUCUGACCAGCACUUCCUCGUCGGCUCUCUCCACCACCGCUCCAUCUUGGCCGUCUCCGACGCCGGCAUCGUCGAAACCUUCAUCGCCGACCACGCCCUCCCCGUCAACGCCAGCAUCCUCGGCCUCGCCGUCGACUCCACCCACCGCCGCCUGCUCGCCGUCGUCCACGCCGCCGAACCCCUCCCCCAAUUCGACGCCCUCGCCGCCUACGACCUCCGCACGCGCCGCCGCCUCUUCCUCGCCCACCUACCCCCUUCCGACCCUGCCCACCGCCCAGUCGCCAACGACGUCGCCGUGGACUUCCUCGGUAACGCGUACGUCACCAACUCCGAGGGCAACUUCAUCUGGAAAGUCGACGUCGAGGGCGAGCCCUCGAUCUUCUCCAGAUCUACGGUCUUCUCGGCCUACCCCGUGGAACGCGACGCGCCCUACAGCGCGUGCGGGCUCAACGGGAUUGCUUACAUCAGCAAGGGUUACCUCCUCGUGGUCCAAUCAAACACCGGGAAAAUGUUCAAAGUCAGCGAAGACGGAACGGCGAGGAUGGUUCCGUUGACAGAGGACUUGCCGUUGGCAGACGGGAUCGCGGUCAGGGGCGACGGCGUAGUGGUGGUGGUGUCGCCGCACACGGCGUGGUUCUUGAAGAGCGACGACAGUUGGGGACAGGGGGUGGUGUAUGACAAAACUGCCCUCGAUGUCCCGAGGUUCCCCACGUCGGUGGCGAUGAGAGGGAGGGAAAGGGCGUACGUGUUAUAUGGGCACGUGGAGGAGGGUAUUAUGGGAAAUUCGGAGAGGGAGUGGUUUGGGAUAGAGGAGAUGGGGUCGGAGAAGGAAAGUGGAGAGGAGCAUGUUUGGGCGUUUCUGAUGUUGGGGUUGGCUUUUGCUUACUUCUUGUUUUGGAGAUUUCAGAUGGGGCGGCUUGCUAACAACAUGAAUAAGAAAACAGAUUAGGGCUUGCUCUGAUUGAUUCUUAUUUUUGAUUUUUUUUUUUUGUCAAUCUUAGUGGCUCUUGAAAUGGUGUUUUGAUAUUCAUAAUUUGUUUUGGUAUUUUUGUAAAUUAUGGCAUCGUUCUGAAUAAAAUUUUGAAUUUUGCUAA